GCGCUUAGGUUCAUUUUACGACGUCUGCAAAGAUGCCUGAUCCAGCCAAGACUGCGCCCAAGAAGGGUUCCAAGAAAGCCGUAACCAAGACCGCCGCUAAGGGUGGCAAGAAAAAGAGGAAGACCCGCAAGGAGAGCUACGCCAUCUACGUGUACAAGGUCCUGAAGCAGGUCCACCCCGACACCGGGAUUUCUUCCAAGGCCAUGAGCAUCAUGAACUCGUUUGUCAGCGACAUCUUCGAGCGCAUCGCCGGCGAAGCCUCCCGCCUGGCGCACUACAACAAGCGUUCCACCAUCACCUCCAGGGAGAUUCAGACCGCCGUCAGGCUGCUGCUUCCCGGGGAGCUGGCCAAGCAUGCGGUGUCAGAGGGCACCAAGGCGGUGACCAAGUACACCAGCUCCAAGUAAACACUGCUACGACCACCACAAAAACAAAGGCUCUUUUAAGAGCCAACACACUCUGAUCUGUAAGGUAAAAGGCCUGUUCAAACUGACCAAUUGACAAAUACGACAAACUGAUUACAUAUAAAAACCUAAUCAACAAAUGCACAUUUCACAUGU